AUGUAUUUAGCGAAUAGCAAGGAUAUCGUAGUUUGUUGUCCAAUGGUGGCGGAUAUGCGAAGAUGUCGCUGUUUGUGGUACAAUGGUAUCAUUGUCUAUGGUGUAGAUAGUGAGAUGUCUGUGUUAUGCUGUCCAUCGUUAGCGUAUAUCGUCUUCAAUGCUUUAUUUUUACAAGAUUUCAUCAUCCCAUACAUUGGCUUAACUACCGGACUAGAGGUUCUUUACAAAAUUUCGACAUUUGCACAUAAGUUCUCUACAGCAUUCCGACAAUUGCAUAUAAACAAGAUUUUUACGGAAUAUAUCGUUAGGUGGGCGUGCUUCAUUGAUACUGCGAGUGGAAACAAAGGGCAGUAA